UAUUAACCUCAGAACUAUAACAUACCUGUAUACAAUGUGAGCCUGUAUUGAUUACUAGAAAUAAGAUUAAUUUAUAGCAUAAUAAAAUCGAGCAAGCUCCAACGUCUACAAGGUCUAUCACUAAAAUUUGAUACUGAACAUAUGAAUAAAACUAUAAACUGCAGUUUUGAAAGUAAUGGAAGAUCAACUUUGGCUCGGGGUACUGAGGGAAGAGAAUCUAGGCAAUUGCCACAUUGAUGAUUGGUGAAUUACGUCCUCCAUUGCUUGCCACUUGGAAUAGUGACUUCGCUGGGUAAUCGGUUAAAGCCACAGAUAUCAUGGGUAGUGGAGCAUCUACAACCACCUCAAGGCCCUCAACAGCUGGAGCAGGUUGGCACUCUUUGGCCACCCAGAGGCAGAACGUGUACGAGUCAUCCUCAACUCGACCAAGUACAGCUCCUGUCCAAAAUUGUGCUAGUGGAUAUACAAUGAGUGCCACGGGGUACCCGAUAGAUCGUCAAUAUCUGCAGGCUCAUUCUCCACGAAAUCAGCAACAGCAGCAAACAUUUCAAAAUCAAGCACAGCAGCCAAUGGGUCACCAUUAUCAUCAAACAACCGCACAUGCAAUGGUCGCCCCACCACCUUACACACCACACGGACCUCCAGCUUAUACACACACUGCCGAGAGGCCCGUCCCUCAGCCCCGCCGUGCUCCACCACCGACAGCUCCUGACAGUGAAAGCACGGUCAAUUUACGUGCUGCUCAAGAACUUUCUAGGCGCAAUGAAGUUUCGUCUAUUGAUAGACACCACAAUACUGAACCAAGCCAACAAAGACAAGUUUCAGUGCCAAAUGUUCCGGUUAGGUUCAGUAGGGAUAGGUCUACUGUGCAGGUUGGAACCAAGAUCUACAAUGAUCCAUGGAUGGUUUGGAAAUCUGGAAACAAUGAUUAUGAUACGUCUUGUGAUAAAAUGAUUGCAUCUUUAAUGCAGAUUGAUGAGAUACUACAGAGAAUAACAGAGAUUCAAAGUAACUGUGCAUACAAUCUGUCUGAAUAUGGACCCCAUGACGUAUACGAUGAUCCAAAGAUUCGUAGCACCGUGUCACAGCUGACUGAACUACAGCAACAUAUUGGCCAGCUGAAAGAAAAAUUAACACCCAGGAGUCAACGAUACCCAUCUCCUGAAUUGACUCCUCCUAAGGUAGAUGAAACAAGUGAUGAAAUGGCUACAAGACAUGAACAGGAAUGGGAUGCAGCGGAGACCAGUUUUGUCAACGAUAUGAGUGGCAUCAGAGGUCAACUUAUACCUAGUCAAGUGAAGGCUGAACUGAUGAAUCAACAAACCAUGCUUGAUCACCUCUGGAUGCGCCAAAUGAUGGAACGGUGGUGGUUACGCCAGAAGGCAAGACAACAACGCAGAGCUAUGGGUCUUGAGGUCCCUGACACUGAUGAUGAGAUGUCUUCUUCUGAAGAGGAGUUUGAAAGUGAUGAAACGGAUGAUGAAGAUGCAGAUUUAGAAGGACAACGACGCCAGAAUCAUGAUGAAAUGACACAACCAACAUCAGCAGCUACUGAUAUUUCUGCACAGCUUCAAGGUUUUCUUAAAAGUCAUGGUAUAAGCUCAACAACUCCACUUGUACCACAACAGAAAGCAGACACAACUGCAACACAUUCACAUUCUUCUCAAACAUUUAGAAAUGUACGUGAUCAACAAUCUCAAUCAAAAUUGGACACAAAUCUCGGAAGCACUCAAACACAAGGAAUGCAAAGUAAAAUCCCUCCAUUGGCAGCACUUGAUGGAAAACAUAAUGUUUUCCGUGCAAAUAAUAGUCAUGUUCCGGCCAACGGAAACAAUGACACCAUGAGAGCAUUGGGACAAACUCGUGAUGAUUUAUCUGAGUCUGAUGACGAGGUACCAGAAAUCUUUAAUAGUUCUACCAAUCAAGCAAAGACUGGCCCUGAUGAUGACUGGGACAUCCCUGGAAUGGGCUCAAAAACAGCAGCACUUAGUGCUAACGUCCCCAAUGACAAAUCAUUUGAAAAUACAAUCGGGAAUGAUAGUCUUGUAAGGGAUGGUCCUUCGCAUGAAUUAUCGAAAAUAGAUCCAGCGAUUUCUAAAGACCCCUCUAAUUUAAAUAAUCGAUCAAAGUACAUGAAAUAUGCCAGACAAAAAACUGACAGUGACAGUGAUGGUGAAGAUGAUAAGCAUAGUAAAAAGCUAUUUGAUGCAAUUCAUAUAACCCCACCGAUAAGUUCAGUUGGAAAUGACAAUGAUAAGGAUGCUAGGCCUAGUGUGAUUGAAAUCAGUGAUACAGAAAGUGACAGUGAAACUACAGAUACGGACGGUGAACAACUUGCCACCUUAAAACAACAAAUGUCUUCUAUCAAAUCCGAGCCUGAACAACAUAGGGAGCAAAACGAUAAAGAAAACAUCGAUGACGAGAUUCCUGAAGACGAUGGCGAAUAUUCCGAUGAUUUUGACAGUGAUGAUCAAUCUACGUUAUUAGCUCUGAAGCCCAAAAAGAAGAGAGGAUUGAAAUCUGCUGUGAUAAGAUCCUUAGCAGUGAAGUUUUUCCAGCCUGGGAACAAAACUAUGAAACCAGAAGAAUUCAAGGAGUUGAUGAGAAAGACUAGAGAGGAAAGGGAUUUUGAGCAACCCAAUUCAUGCAGCAGCUCAACUGCAACCACAGCAUCUAUUGAAAGCAAAGACUCGUGUACAGAUCCACCAGAAAUAGACUCGGAUGUAAACAGCGCAGACGAUAAGUUUAUCCAGACGGUAGUAUACCAAAAUUCAACUGGUGAAAUAGAUCCAUUUGAUGCCCGACAUUUGCUGAGGCAACAUCUAAAAGAGAACGCUGCUCUGAAGAAAUUAAAUGCAUUACAGAAAAAACGUCACGAUGAAGCUCUUAAAUUAAAAUUAGGUCAGAUGAGACCUGGUUUUGAAAAUAAUGAAGCUAGUGAUGAACAGGAAGACACUGUUGGGGAAAUAGAUGAUGACACUAAACAGGAACUGCAGGUGAUAGAAAAUCGUAUUUGCAAAGAAGUGACUGAAUUGCCCAAUCUGUCGGACCACGAGCUUCGACGUUUGUUAGAGAAAUACAGAGAACAAGAGAAAAUGCUUUUGAGCAGACGGCGUGAAGAAAAAGACAGAAACCAAGACAAGUUGAAACGUAUGCUUGCCGAGAAAAAGCGACAAGAAAAUGAAAAACUGAACCAACUGGAUGAGGAAUUCUAUAAGGAUCUCAAAACUAAACAAGAGAGGCAAAAGCUGACCGAAGAGGAUCUUCAGCAAUUGAUCAAGGAGCACCUGUCAAGAACAGAAAAGUUAAAGCAUUCAAGGGCCCUAGAGAGAGACUCACACCAGCGUAAACUUGAGGCGAAGUUAGCAGAGCGAAGAAGGAAACAAAAGCAAACCAAUCAAGAAGCAGAACAGCAGAAACAAAUAAAGAUGUCUAAAAGACGAAAUAGAAACAAUUCAGAUGAUGAACGUUAAUGAUCUAACAGUGGCUCGGCCCACGGGGCUCAGCAUUUCAUGGUCUUUGGUACAACAUAUUGGACAUUCAAAAUAUUGACAUUUAAAAACGUUAUACUGAAUGAGGACCAUGACUGAAUUAUAAUUUUGAAUAACUACAUGAACGCAAAGUACGCACACGGGUAGCAUACACUCAA